AUGGCCAAGAAAGAUGCGCGAAACCGACACGCGACCUUCUACGACAAGGACCUCAAGCCGAUCGCCCCCGUGCAGUGCUUGGAUGCGGCGAUCGAAGAUGGCACGAACACCGUCUUCAUGGCAAUUGGCGGGGAGUUGAACGUCGAUGAGAACAUGGUGGCGUCUGCGUCUCAGGUGUUGGACAUUCGAAAACGGCUGAAAUCUAGGGCGUGCGAGGACCCAAGACUCGAGAAUCAACUAGCGGAGGAAGAGGAAGAGCUAUAAAAAAAUAUUGUCCUAAGUGGUAUUCCUAGGUCUCCAUCUUGCUUUUCCCGCCUCUCUUUUCUUCUCUGGCGCUGUUCCCGGUGCUCUAUUUUCUUUGCUUGUAUAUCUUGGCUCGCGCGCUUCCAACACUUUGCCUCGCGGCCGCUCUCAUCCACCGUAUCUGAAUCCUGCUGCUUACCCGACAAUUUUCACUCAUGGGAGCACUCUCUUCGGCUGAUGAUGGCGGGAUAUCUAGAAUAUCGCCCGUGGCAGACUCCUCCAGCCCGCUUGCAGCAGGUUGGGAAACCUUUCCAAAGAACGCAAGAUACACGCAGCGUCGGACAAAUAGGCCCG